AUCUCCGAGCCCAUGGAUUAGCCCGAUAUCACUUUCCCUCGGCCUCGCCGGUCACAGGAGGCUCGAGCGCAGGGCCUUCGCCGGUCUCCGUUUCUCCCAGAAAAAAAUCCAUCCAUCCAUGUCGACGAAACCGAACCAAGAACCCUCGAAGAAAAUCUCCUCGAAACCCUAGAUGUUCCCCCGAUGCCAAGGUACUAUCCUCCUCUCCUUCGAUCCCUCACCCGCCGCCGAUCGAUCCAUGCCUCCCGAACCCUCCUCCAAUGGAACCUCCCGGAUCUCAGCAGGUCGGAGCUCCUCGACCGGCUCUGCCGUAUCCUGACCCUAGAGCGCUUCCACGCCGUCUCCAAGCUCCCCUUCGAGUUCUCCGACGACAUCCUCGACGCCGUCCUCGUCAGGCUCCGUCUCGAUCCCGGUGCCUGCCUGGGGUUCUUCAGAAUCGCCUCGAAGCAGCAGUACUUCAGGCCCAAUGCCCGAUCUCAUUGCAAGAUUGUUCACAUCUUAUCCCGGGGGCGCAUGUUCGAUGAGGCUAGAGGGUACUUGAAGGAUCUGGUGACUGUUCCCAGCGAUAGAUCAUCCGUUUCCUAUGUUUUUGACGAGCUUGUGAGGGUUUAUAAGCUGUUCUCUUUCUCCCCGACGGUCUUUGAUAUGCUUCUGAAGGUCUACGCGGAGGGUGGAUCCGUAAAGGAGGCUCUUUUCGUUUUUGAUAACAUGGGCAAGUAUGGAUGCAAGCCUAGUUCCAGGUCUUGCAACAGUCUUCUGAGUAGCCUGGUUAAAUGCGGAGAGAGUCGCACAACGGCUCAUGUAUUCGAACAGAUGGCCAGGGCAGGGAUUCUGCCUGAUGUUUUCACUGUGUCUAUCAUGGUUAAUGCUUAUUGCAAGGAUGGGAAGAUCCAGAAAGCUUCGGAUUUUGUGUUAGAAAUGGAACGGAAGGGCUUUGAGGUGAAUCUCGUGACUUACCAUUCGCUGAUCAAUGGCUACUGCAGUUUAGGACAGACGGAAACGGCAGUGAGAGUUUUCAGGUCGAUGUCUGAAAGAGGCAUUUCACCGAAUGUUGUUACCUGCACACUGUUGAUCAAGGGAUACUGCAAGGAAGGCAAGGUUCAGGAAGCGGAGAGAGUUCUUAACAACAUGAAAGUGGUAGCCGGUUUAUCUGCUGAUGAAGUUGCUUAUGGUGUGCUGGUAAAUGCUUACUGCCAAAUGGGAAAAAUGGAUGAUGCGAUUAGGAUUCGAGAUGAGAUGUCAGGUAUGGGAAUAAAAGCAAACGUAGUCAUCUGUAAUGCCUUGAUUAAUGGAUAUUGCAAGCUGGGAAGAAUCCGCGAGGCAGAGAAAAUAGUGGAUGAGAUGGAAAAUGGGUACCUGAAACCAGAUGCUUACAGUUAUAAUACUCUCUUAGAUGGCUUUUGCAAGGAGGGUCUUAUGAGCAAGGCAUUUGAAAUUUGUUACAUGAUGCUUCAGAAAGGUAUUGAAGUGACAGUUCUAACCUAUAAUACCCUUUUCAAGGGCUUCUCUCAGGGAGGUGCCAUGGAUGAUGCCUUGAAGUUGUGGUUCUUAAUGCUGAAAAGGGGUGUGGCACCUAAUGAAAUUAGUUGCAGCACCAUGCUGGAUGGUUUUUUCAAAGCAGGUGAUAUUGAACGAGCCUUAAAGCUUUGGAAGGAUAUCCUAGCUAGGGGGUUUGCAAAGAGUCAAAUCACAUACAAUACAGUGAUCAAUGGGUUGUGCAAGGUGGGGAAAAUGGUAGAAGCGGAGGAGAUUCUUAGGAAGAUGGUAGAUUGGGGUUGUUUCCCUGAUAGCGUGACUUAUAGGACACUGAUUGAUGGUUACUGUAAAGUUGGUGACAUGCAGAAGGCUUUGAACGUUAGGGAUGAGAUGGAAAAGUUAGGAUUCUCUCCUUCCAUUGAGAUGUUUAAUUCUCUCAUUACUGGACUCUUCAAAUCUAAGACAUCUGGCUGGGUCAAUGAUCUUCUUGUUGGCAUGCAAGAAAAGGGACUGGCUCCCAAUAUUGUGACCUAUGGAGCUUUGAUAGCUGGCUGGUGUAAAGAAGGAAUCAUGGAUAAAGCUUUUGAAGCAUAUUUUGAAAUGACAGGGAAGGGUUUAACUCCAAAUAUAUUCAUAUGCACUGCUCUUGUCAGUGGUCUCUAUCGUCAGGGUAAGAUUGAUGAGGCAAAUGUGUUGUUGCAGAAAAUGGUAGAUAUCAACAUGCUUCCAGAUUAUGAAGUUUUUAAUAAGUCUUCUGAUUGUAGUGCAAACAAUCCCAGUAUGCAUAAAAUUGCAAAUCUCCUUGAUGAAACUACAAAAGAAAAUAUUCAGCCUAACAACAUUAUGUACAAUGUUGUCAUCUGUGGGCUUUGCAAGUCUGGAAGGAUUUUAGAUGCAAAGAUACUGUUCGCAAGUUUGCUACAAAGGGGCUUUGUACCUGACAAUUUUACUUAUUGCACUCUUAUUCAUGGCUUCUCAGCUUCAGGUAAUGUAGAUGAAGCUUUUGUAUUAAGGGAUGAGAUGAUGAAAAGGGGUCUCAUUCCAAAUAUUGUUACAUACAAUUCUCUCAUCAAUGGCCUGUGUAAGUCUGGGAAUUUAGAUAGAGCGGUCAAUCUUUUCCAUAAGCUGCACUCAAAGGGUGUAACUCCUAAUGUUGUUACAUUCAAUACAUUGAUUGAUGGUUACUGCAAGUCUGGUAAAAUUACUGAAGCAUUCAAACUUAAGCAAAAAAUGAUGGAGGAAGGCAUCAGUCCUACUGUUGUGACCUAUACUACAUUGAUCAAUGGUCUCUGCAGUCAGGGGGAUACGGAAGCUGCCAUUAAGAUUCUUGAUCAAAUGGUUGAGAGUGGUGUGGACCCUAAUUAUGUGACAUAUUCUACAUUGGUCCAAGGUUAUAUCAGAUGUAUGGACAUGCAUCAGAUUUCAAAGCUAUAUGAAGAGAUGCAUAUCCGAGGCCUUUUUCCAGCUGUUGCCUUCAAAGGAAACAUGGGUCCUGCAGAACCCAUGGCUGUGAAAGGAAUCAAGCAUGGCACCAUUAAUUUGUCUGAACAUAUUCAUGCAUAUUAAGAAGUUGGGCACAUCAUGAAUGUGCUUCAAACUAUGAACAGAGUUUAUCUGUUCCUGUCUUGCCCAUUGCAUGUAUUCAAGUACUUGAAAGAUUGAUUACUUGCCACUGUAUUUAGUGGAGUCAGGAAAUGCCAGAUCGAAUUUUGUUUAUGUGGAUGCGCAGCUGACAUAUUCUGAGGUUCUGUUUCUAGCAAAUCGCUAGUUCAACUCAUUUAUGGAUGGAGGUAGAACAUGAGUAGCCGCUUGUGGUGCUUCUCCAAAUCCCUAGGUUCUAAUUGUUUUGUUCAUAUGAGCUCUCAUGUUUCCCACUGCUGGAAGAAUGAUGAAGAAAUCCUCAAAAUCCUGAAAAUGGGAUAAAAUUUGCUGGUUAUGGCUAUGAUUCUGUGGCACUGCAAUCCCCACUUCAACUGCCAAGCAGCAUUAUGAACUACAGCAAACUUUCAUCCUCAACAUUUCCUGUUACAAAGCAUUGCCAACAACAGGCAUUGCCACUGACGUCCUAUUGUGUGAAUAGAAAGUGCAAGUGAAUAAUGCUUCCAUUACUAUCAAGCAAUCAGUCAUCUCUUGGCACUACUCUUCAGCUUAUGAACUUGAGCUUGAAGCUGGAUUAAGCUCCAACAGGAAAAACCAAAGUGACAGCAACACCUUGAAUUUGCAAAGCUCCAUCAAGUGUACCAAUUGGACAGAUCGGAUGCUGCAUAGGACUGUGACAGCAUGUGGGAUCACAAUGUGGAGGGGCCUCUUGCAAAUUUCAGGUUUCGGAUCUGAAUACAAACUGUGGUUCUUCUUGUAAGAGUCCUGGAAAGUCAGCCAGGCUGAUGAUAAAGAAAGGCCAAGCUGCUCGCAGUUAACAAAAUACCAGAGGCCAAUGGACCCAAAAUCAAUAUGCCACCGUCGACCAUCAAGAAUUCCCAACUGUUAUUGGCUCAGCCAGUUGAUGGAGGAUGCAAAUGCCUGGAUUGAUUGACCCAGGCUCUUCUCGGUGAUUGGAAAGAUAGAGGCAAAGAAAGUUUAAUUGCUUCACCAAACAAUUGAGGGAAUACUCGG